AUGUGGAAAGCGGGCAAAAAGGAAAGGCAAGAUUAUUUAGAUGAGAAAAGGGAAUUCCAGAAAAUGUGUGAAGACACGAACGAGAGACGGAAAGGAAGGGGGAGAGAAAGAGUUAUAGAAAAGGAAGAUGAGACGGAAAUCACGGACGAAGGAAUUGAAGCGCAGAUAAAGAAGUUGAAGAGGAAAAAGGCGAUGGGAGAGGACGGAAUCAAAAAUGAAGCAUGGAUAUAUAGUGAGGGAAAUACAAGGAAGGAACUGAGAAAGAUUUUAAAAGAGGUAUGGGCAGGGAAAAGCUUUCUAGAAGACUGGAAGAAAAGGUGCAUAACGACAUUGCACAAGAAAGGAGAUCAAGAAGACGCAGCGAAUUAUAGAGGUAUAAGCCUUUUAUGCACAGCAUAUAAAAUAUAUGCUGCAGUUUUGAAUGAGAAGUUGAAGGAGGAAAUCGAGAAAAAUAAAAUACUACCGGAGACGCAAGCGGGAUUUCGAAAAGGAAGAGGAACGAUGGACAGUGCAUAUAUCUUACACCACAUAAUACAGAGGGAAACGACGAAAAAGAGAGGGAAGGUAUAUGCUUUUUUCGUAGACCUGAAAGCGGCAUUCGACUCCGUCAAAAGAGAACAACUAUGGGAACAAAUGUUCAACAGAGGUAUAGAGAAAGGGCUAAUAGAAGCAGUAAGAGAAAUUUAUCAAGAAACAAGCAGUGUAGUAAAAGUGAAUAAGGGAGAGACAGAGAAGUUCUGGACAGUUUUCACAAUACUGAUAGCAGACAUGGAGAAACGCCUAAAAAAAAACAGGACAGGAGGAAUAAAAGUAUUCGUUUAUAUUUCCUUGACUACAAGGAGUGCAAUAGAAAGAGAAAAUUAUUUGAAAAGGAAUAGGUUCAGUAGAAUAGGCGCCUAA